AUGUUACACGUUUAUUUCAGCAACAUCUUCGCCGUCGUCGCCGUCGUCGGCGAGGCCUGCGGGGAGCCGAUCGAGUACGUUAAUGGCGAUGCCCGCCGCCUGCUCAUCACGCUGACCGGCUCCUCGGCGCUGUCGGUGAGCCUCACGAUGCCGUCCGCCCCCGGCGAGGCCGAAGAAGGCUACGGCUGGGACCCCGUGUGCGCCUGGUUCAACGCGAACACCUCGGAGUGGACCACCGAGGGCGCGGAGAUCGUGGGCUCCGUCAACGAAUCUGGCGGAGACGUGACCUGCCAGGCUUCCACCGGCGGCUCGAACAUGGCCUACACCGGCGUCUGGAUUGAGCUCCUGCUUCCGACCACGACGACCACGACCACCAGGACUGACUACGAGCACAACCUCGACGACAAUCACCACGUCGACCACCACGAGCUCGUGGGCCUGCGACCCAGCCCUGCGGCCGAGCCCGUACUGGCGCGCGCCGUGGAACUGCUCCUGGGGCCUGGACAGACACCAGCACCGAGAACGAGACCGGCGUGGUCGUCUCGGAGAACUACACGUGCGUGGUGUUCUGCGCAGAAGGCAGCGCGGACACCAAGAUCGUGA